GAGCAGAAGAGCGUGAAGGAGGGUCUGCUCCUGAAACAGACGAGCUCCUUCCAGAGAUGGAAGCGGAGGUACUUCAAGCUGAGGGGAAGAACCCUCUACUAUGCCAAAGACGCCAAGUCCCUCAUAUUCGAUGAGGUGGACCUAUCAGAUGCCAGCGUGGCCGAGACAAGCACCAAGAAUGUCAACAACAGUUUCACGGUGAUCACUCCAUUCAGGAAGUUGAUGCUGUGUGCUGAGAACCGCAAGGAUAUGGAGGACUGGAUCAGCGCACUCAAGUCAGUGCAGAAAUGGGAAACCUGUGAGGCCAGUCAGUUUAACAUGGAGCACUUCUCUGGGAUGCAUAACUGGUACGCCUGCUCCCACGCGAGGCCCACCUUCUGCAACGUCUGCAGGGACGCCCUGCCCGGAGUCACCUCCCAUGGCCUCUCCUGCGAAGUGUGCAAGUUCAAAGCCCAUAAGCGGUGUGCAGUCAGGUCCACCAACAACUGCAAAUGGACCACGCUGGCUUCCAUAGGAAAUGACAUCAUCGAGGAUGAGGAUGGGGUGUCGAUGCCUCACCAGUGGCUGGAGGGCAACCUGCCGGUGAGCGCCAAGUGUGUGGUGUGCGAUCGCAACUGCGGCAGCGUGAGGAGACUGCAGGACUGGAGGUGCCUGUGGUGCAAAGCCAUCGUCCACAACAGCUGUAAGGAGUUGCUGGGGAAGCAGUGUCCUCUGGGCCAGUGCAGAGUGUCCAUCCUCCCGCCCACAGGACUCAACAGCAUCGACUCCGACGGGUUCUGGAAAGCUCCAGCCUUACAGGGCUCCAGUCCUCUGCUGGUCCUCUGCAACUCCAAGAGCGGGGACAACCAGGGGGUCAAGUUCCUACGCAAGUUCAGGCAGCUGCUCAACCCGGCGCAGGUCUUCGACCUGAUGAACGGGGGACCUCAGCUUGGGUUGCGUGUGUUCCAGAAGUUUGUGUCGUUCCGAGUUCUAGUGUGCGGAGGAGACGGGAGCGUGGGAUGGGUCCUUUCAGAGCUGGACAAGCUAGGACUUCAUAAACAGUGCCAGUUGGGGGUACUUCCUCUAGGGACAGGAAAUGACUUGGCUCGUGUGCUGGGCUGGGGCGGCCUAUGUGACGACGACGCCCAGCUGAUGCAGAUUCUGGAGAAACUGGAGAGGGCCACCACCAAAAUGCUGGACAGGUGGAGUAUCAUGACAUAUGAGAUUCCUACUAAGAGUGCUCCAGCCAUAGUGAAGGAGGAUGAGCCCCAGGAGAAUGCAUUACAGGUGCAGAUGACUCAGUAUGCGGACUCUGUGGUGUCCCACCUCACCAAGAUCCUGGACUCAGACAAGCACAGUGAUGUCAUUUCCUCUGCCAAAUUCCUAUGUGGUACGGUGAAUGAGUUUGUGGCUGAGGUGGGGAAGGCUUACGAGAGAGCUGCGGAGAAUAGAGAAGAGGCGGACGCCAUGGCUAAGAAGUGUGCGAUGUUGAAUGAGAAGCUGGACUCCCUGGUCAAGGCCCUCAGCGAGGAGGCCGACGCCCAGCUGGUGCCCACGGGUUCCGUAUCGCCGCAUUCCGAGGACGGCGAGAACGAAAAAGACAGCAACGACACGGAUGGUGGCGGCGGCGGCGGCGGCAUCGGCGGGGAUAACGGGGGUGGAGACCAGUCGUCAUCGGGCGAGUCGCCUGGGGAGGAGGGGCCAGGGGUGCCGAGGGCCUUCAGGAGCCGCGAGCAGCUGAUGCUGAGGGCCAACAGCCUGAAGAAGGCACUCCGGCAGAUCAUACAGCAGGCCGAGAAAGUGGUGGAUGAGCAGAAUCGUCACACUCAGGUGCAGCGCAUGUCCUCUACCUCCUCCAUCAAGCGGCAGGGCAGUGACGAGCUCAAGGACGCCGACAUGCGUCAGGGUUCCAUGAGUCCCCCCCUCACCUCUCCCAUCACCCUGGAGAAGUCCGAGAGCUUCAGCGCCGUGUCAUUCUCAGAGGACUCUGUACUCUGCACUGAGAAGUGCGUGAUGAACAACUAUUUUGGCAUCGGGCUGGAUGCCAAGAUCUCGCUGGAGUUCAACAACAAGAGAGACGAGCACCCCAAGAAGUGCAGCAGUCGCACUAAGAACAUGAUGUGGUACGGCGUGCUGGGCACCAAGGAGCUGGUGCAGAAGACCUACAAGAACCUGGAACAGCGAGUGCAGCUCGAGUGUGAUGGAGUGCCCAUGUCGCUCCCCAGUCUGCAGGGCCUGGCCGUCUUAAACAUCCCCAGCUAUGCAGGAGGCAUCAACUUCUGGGGAGGCACCAAAGAGGACAAUAAUUUCGGCGCUCCGUCGUUUGACGAUAAGAAGCUGGAGGUGGUGGCCGUGUUUGGAAGCAUGCAGAUGGCCGUGUCACGCGUCAUCAACCUGCAGCACCAUCGCAUCGCACAG